UGGCUUGAGGAGGGGAAAGCGUUGGCAGAUGAGUUGGAAGCCAAAAAGCCAUCAAAGAAAAGGAAACAGAAGGGAACCGGAGGCUCCAAUGUUUCCUGGAGGACGAGGGACCAUAAUGGUUAAACACAGGCGCACUAUGGAGGUGCCAGAAGUUGAGACCUCGCAGAUGGAUGAAGUUCCUCAAGAGGUCACAAAUCUUGACCAAGAGUAUACCAUCUCUCCAGGAAAGCAGACUGUCUUGGUGACUAUCAAUGGUCCAUACAAUCUUUGUCUGCCUGCUGUGUAUUGCCCACAUUGCUCCUGCAAGUGGACCCCAGGGAUCAGUGACCUGAUUAGUAGCCGAUACUGGCCAGCAACAGCAAGCUGCCAAAUGCUGUUCAAAUUUGAUGUCUUUGCAUCAUUUGAACAGAUGAAGGUGUAUCGUGGAUUUGCCUUCUGCAACUGGAAGAAAGAGCAUCUGUGUCAGGUUGAGCCCUUCAAGUGCCCUGCCUGCAAACCAGACAUGCUUGCCAUAGCUGCAGAUGGUAACAGAAAGCAGUACCGCUUCAAGAAAUCCAAAGGGUAUUGGCCAUACUUGGAGAAGAUGGCAGAGAAGUUGUCAGAGCUCCAACCACUGACAGAGAUGAGGCCUUUUCUGUCUGUAAUGCAUGCCAAGGCUCACACUGGCAAAUGUGAGGUGAGGUGGGGUGGCAGAAACCAGGAUGGUGCAGGAAAUACUGUUGGUGAGGAGGUGGGGCAAGUGAACAGCUUUCUCUCAAGGGCAGCUCUGACCACAAAAUACAUGACCAAGUCAGGGAGAGCCGAUAUGAUAACAAUGCUUGCCAUGGGAUGGAACAACAGGAAGGUGGAGAGUCUACACAAGACACUGGCGAAGCGAUUUGUUAAAAUUACACAGAGAGCAGAAAAGGAAGCAGCAAAUCUUCAGCAUCUCCAGCAUGACCUCAACAUCACUUUGGAGGACACAGAACAGUGGAUUGAGGAUGUGAAGCAGUGGGCAGCCACUGGGAAACAUGGUGCUCAUAGUAGCCAGGAAGAGCUCCAGAGAGAGAUUGAUGAGAUCAUCUAUUCCCUCAGAAGGAAGAAGCAUGAUCUCUACCGACAAAAUGUGGUGAGUCUCCGUUUGAAGAGGCGACUUUUUGACCAGGUCAUGCUGGUCAGGCGCAUGGAAGAGGAGAAACCAAUCCUUGUGAAGGAGAUGACUCAACAUUAUCAGUACCUGAGAAAGGCAUUGGACAAACUGGACAACCUCCUCCAUCACACUGAAGAGAACAUCAAGAACCAUACUACUCCUACAGAUAUGACAGAGGCUGGAUACAGGGGACUGCACUGCUGUCUUCUACAGAAGAAAGACAUUCUUCAGAAGAAACUGAGUGCUGUCACCAGCACCUAUGCCCGUGUAGACACAGACCCCGGUGUUUUUACCGUGUUGGAAGAAGAUCUGGAGGACUUUGAAGAGGAUUACAGCAGUUCAGAACUUUCAGAUGAAGAAAUGUAUCCGCCCCUGGCAUCAAUACAUUUGGACAUGUGUGGGUCAUGCAGUUAUUACAUGCUGAAUAUGUCUACUUGUAUGGAGCACCCUCUCGGUAGGAAGCCACAUUAUAUUUAA